AUGGCGGAACAACUGGAAGAACUGGAGCCCGUCAUCAAUCCAAAUCAAUCCUUCGCGUCGUCGACUAUGCGAUCCGAAUCAGCGUCGCUGUCAUUAAUGCACUUGCCCCCAAUACAAUUGCCGCCGUUCUCAGGUAAAUUCGAAGAAUGGGAGAGUUUUCGAGAUCGAUUUAAAGCGCUAAUAAUUAAAAAUAAGGAAUUGUCAAAUUUUAGCAAAAUGCACUUUCUCACGUCUAGUUUAACCGGCCAUGCUCGUGAUGCAAUCGCUAGUCUAACUAUUACCGCGGAGAAUUUCGACGUAGCGUGGAAAGCGCUCACCACGCGUUUUGAAAAUAAACGUCCAUUAAUCGAGAUUCACGUUUCGGCGCUGUGCAAUCUGACGAACGUUUCUCGCGAAUCGGCAACGGAAUUGCAUGCGUUACGUGACCAAGCUGAAAAGGCACUUGCGGCGUUAAAGCGUCUCGAUCGUUUAUCCGACGAAAUAUUAAGCGAUAUCUUAGUGUAUUGCGUAUCCCAAAAACUCGAUCCCGCUACGCGCCGAGCGUGGAAGUUGAAAUUCAGCGACGACUCUCUUCCCCCAAUGUACGACGAUCUCAAUCGAUUCUUAUCAUCGCGUGCACUCGCCCUCGAGAAACUCGCGCCAACCAACUCUUCGAAAUUCAAUUGCGGCCUCAAAGUCACUACCACUAACGCAUCAACAGCAUCCAAUCCGAGCUGUCCACUGUGUCAAAAGUUUCACUUUAUUAAUAAGUGUCCAAAGUUCAUCGAAAAGAGCCCGAGUCAACGUCGCGACAUAGUUAAGCAAAAUAAACGCUGUUUCAAUUGUCUCAGCACCAAGCAUGCGGUGACGGACUGUAAAAGUAAAUUCACGUGUCGCACAUGCCAGCGUCAGCAUCAUUCAAUGUUGCACGAUGACUCGCUCUCCUCGAGUACAAAUCUCGUGACGGUUUCUGCAAGCGAACCGUCCACCGAAAUCGAAGCUUCAAAGGUAAAUUCGCUCUCCGCCGUUUCGAUCACCGCGGUUCCUACUCCGGUGUUGCUGGCUACAGCGAGAGUCAACGUAGGCUGUCCGUCUGGGCGUACACUGAGCGUCAGAGCCAUUCUCGAUCAAGGAUCGGAAGUUUCGUUCAUCUCCGAAAGGCUCGCACAAAUACUGCGUGUGCAACUCAUCCGCACCCGCACUUCAAUAUCUGCGGUAGGAUGCGUCAAGGUUGAAACAUGCCGUCACGCGGCUAAUAUUUGCAUUACUCCACGAGAUCGCGCCGAACCAACCUUUUCCACUCUCGCCUUUAUAAUAAAAUCACUAACCAAAUACAUUUCUCCACGCGCCAAAUUUGACGUAGAAUGGAGUCAUCUGACUCAACUAAAUUUGGCUGAUGACGAUCCAACAGGAGCCGAUCCAAUUGACAUUCUCAUAGGUGCCGAUUUGUACGGCAGCAUAAUUCAGAACGGAAUUUGA